GUCUGAACAUACUUCUUCCUGUUUCUCUCCUUCCUUCCAUCCAUUCUUCUCUUCAUGCUUCGGCCUUGUGUCGGUCUCUGAUACUGAUAGUAACAGUCGACAGCAGCUGCAACCAUGAACAUUCGUUGUGCCGCGCCCGACGACUUGAUGAACAUGCAGCAUUGCAACUUGCUGUGCCUGCCAGAGAACUACCAGAUGAAGUACUACUUCUAUCAUGGCCUCUCCUGGCCACAGCUCUCAUAUGUGGCUGAGGAUGAAUCAGGAAAGAUUGUGGGCUACGUGCUGGCCAAGAUGGAGGAGGAUCCUGAAGAUUCUGUUCCCCAUGGACACAUCACAUCUCUGGCGGUGAAGAGAUCCCACCGUCGUCUGGGCCUGGCACAGAAGCUGAUGGACCAGGCGUCGCGGGCUAUGGUGGAGAACUUCAACGCUCAGUACGUGUCUCUUCACGUCAGGAAAAGCAACCGGGCGGCCCUACAUCUGUACACGGAGACGCUACGCUUUUCGAUCAGCGAGAUUGAGCCCAAAUACUACGCGGACGGGGAAGACGCCUACGCCAUGAGGAGGGACCUGAAGGAGUUCAGAGACAAGGUAGAGUUUGGGCUCAACGCCGACCUGGACAUGCUGGCUGUGGAGGGACCUCAGGUGGACCUGGUACAGCAGAAGACGCCUGAGUAGGUCAAGGCUGUAUUCAAGAGGUCAUGGCUAUAUCCAGUAGAUCAACGCUGGGCAAAAGUAAAGUUAGAACCCCCCGCCCCCCCAAACCCUCCCAUGUCUUCACAUAUAGUGGUGAUCACAGCCAGCUAUUUCCUGUUCCUGUGAGACUUGAGUGCAGCACAACUACUAUGACCCCCGCAGUGCCCCCGAAUGUUGUGCACUAGGUGUACUUCUUCAAUGUGGUGGGGGGGAGGGGGGGGGUAUCCAACCUUACUUUAACCCAGCUCUAUACAAAACCUCAUGUCCAUCAAACUCAAUGAAACCUGAGAAUCAGAGAAAUCAAUGUCUUUUUCUUCUGUAAAUGCCAGAUCUGAAACAAACCAAAAAUUAUGGUUCACCACGCUUUUAUCUGCUUGGAUACUCACAACAAAAAUUUGUAUUUUCCUGGUCUCUACCCAUCACCCAUCUCUAAUCAAGUGUCAGACCCGAGGAAUUCAUUGGAUGCCGGGUUCAGUUCGCUGUAUAGGCCUACAACUGCUUUACAAAUUGCAUGUGUGUGGGGUGUUACAAAUUGUGUGAGUGUGUGAUGUUUCAAAUUGCAUGUGUGUGUGGUGUGUGAUGUUACAUAUUACAUUACAUGUGUGUGUGUGUGAUGAGGGAAAAGGCUGAGCGGAAUGUUUUGUUUUGAUGGUACAGAUUGUGGGUGUUGUUCUGUGUAAGAUUGUUGUCAACCGCUGUUCUGUGUAUAUAUGGUGCGACUGACUGGGUGGGUGUGUAAUGUAUGUUUUCCUGUCUGUGGAAUGGUUGUAUGUGUACAAGAGCGUAAGUCGCCUGUCUCUGCAUCUGAUUGAGUUGUUUUAAAAGUUUAGAAAGUUUUAGUGUGUUGUCCAUUUAUAGUGACUUCAGUAUCAAAAUGACAUGUUUGUGUUUAUCUUUUAUGAUGAAAGAUUUAUGAGAUGUUUGCUUUACCUUUAUGUGAACAGAAGACUACUGCAGGAGCUUUUGUUAUAGAAAGACGUUGAAAUGUUUGGUGUGGGGUCUUCGAAAUUAGGAGCGAAUAGCCUAGUUUGCGGGUGCCACUGUUAGUGUUAGGUCUGGGUUUUUUGUUUUUUUUCCCUCUUUUGUCGACAUUAUUGUGUCGAUGUGGAUCUCUAUACUUUAAACAAACAAAUGAAUUUUGAGUGAGAGCAAUAGUGUUACUAAAUGACUAAUGUCAGUUACGGGUGGAAGGAAUUUUGGUCACUCAGAUUGAAAUUUUUUUUUUAACUUGUGUUUUUAUUUAUUUUCUUUAUGAAUUAAAAAUACUAAAAACGAC